AUGGAAUUAAUGUCAACACGAAAGCGUGAGUAUUCCAAGCACGUGGAAUCAAAGGGUGGCCUUAAGCUAUAUGAACAACUUGUGGUUUUGCUAAGGACGAGAAGCGAGAUCAAGUUUCUAUGCAACCGUGUGUCUUUAUCGAUAAGGGCAUGUAUAGUGGUUGAACUUGCUCUCUGCGGAGCAAUAGGCCUAAAGGAGGGUAGAGUCGUGGGCAAGGACAAUACUCUGAAUAGUUCGCUUUUGUUAGAGGCAAUGAGCAAGAUCUACCAGACCCAGCUACCGCCCGAUGAGCUUAUGUACCGACUCAAUGGAGAAAAAAGAGGAGGGAGUAUUUAUAUGAGAAAUGUUAGGUUAAGAGUCUACAAAGACCUCGAAGAAAAGAGGGUAUGCAAGGUUGAAAGUAGAAGCUUGAUAUUCAACAAGAUCACUAUGAAUGACUAUAACAUAAGAAUAGAGCUUAUAAACUAUAUAAAGGAGUAUUUAACCUCUAGCAAGGGAGUGGAUUAUAGAGCAGAAGCACUUGUUGUAUGUCUAAUAUUUUGCUCAGCAAUAGAUAGCAUACUUAUCUGCAUGACAGAGAAAGAGGCUGCAGCAUCCAGUGCUCAUAUCAAUCGCAUCAAAGAAAAAUACAUGACAAAGAGCACAUGUAGACCUGGAAACGAGAUGAUCAUAUAUUCUGUACUUGGGGCUCUAUUAAAUUCCUAA